GUGUGUGUGUGUGUGUGUGUGUGUGUGUGUGUGCAUUUUGUAAGGCACUGACAAUUUUUAAUUUUGAUUUUGGUUUCCCUCUGGCACUAAAGGAGGUAUAUUAUUUGUGUUACUUGUGUUGUCUGUUGGCAAUAGCCAUUUGUAUUUUUACUGAUUUUUUUUUUUUUUAGAACCUGUCAUUUGCAGCAAUGUUUUCUGACUUAAAGUGUGAAUGAGGCAUACUGCUUGAUUCCUAUCUAGGAAAACAACAAGUUGAUUUCCUGGUGCCUGGGAUGUUCAUGAUCCGUGGUGUUUAGGUUCAAAGUCAAGUUUGAGAUUAUGAAGUGGAGAGUGUAUUAAAGUGAAUUGAUGACUAGGUUUGAUUUUAAUCAAUUUUUACCAUUGAAGCUUGCAAAAUAGUGUUUUGAGAAAUUUGUAUGUCUGACUUGACCAUUUCUACUCAACUUUGAAAACUCUUUCAUUUAACAAUGCAUAACAAUCUGCAAUAUAGAAAACUAACAAAAUAAUAUUGAGAUUUAGAUUAGAAAGCAUGUUUGGGUUUCAGGCAAGCUUCAUAACUCAUCAAAGACAUAUUUUCUAGCUCUUCUCUUGAACGAGCUUUUUCAACUUCGUUGCUUUGACACUGAAGUUUUUAGUCACCCCUGGUCUUCCUUACUUUAGAUAAAGGAAAGUUAGUGUUUUGAUGAUGCUCAGUGUCCUACCUCUUGCCUGGAUUAUUAAAAAAUGUUACCUGAAGUUGAUUAUCAACCCUGGGGGCGGAGGGGAGGGCUUCCAAAUAGCUGAGAUCUCUUCUUUCUCGGGUUCAUUCAGUGGUGCUGGGGCUUGCUCUUAGGAGAGCACAGAGCAGGCAUUAUGCUGGAAUUGAUGUGUUGUUUGGAGACUUUUGUCCUUCUGGGGUAGUUACCAGCCAGAAUGUUUCAGAAAGGAAAAGGGGAAAGGGAGAGGACAGCACCCGUAAUGGAUGAGGUAAACCUCUGGAAGUGACAGGUCUCUGAAUCAGAGCAUUGAGCGAGAUAACCAAAUCAGUUCCUUUUUCUGGAUUGCCUGGACAUUAAGGAAGGUGGGGGGAGGGGGAGUAGGUUGUUUUGAUUUGAAUUCUUACCAAACAGUUAUUUUGCUUGUGACGAGCACAGGGCACCCUGAAGUGUGUUUGCUUCUCCAGGUGACGGAUGGAUUGUCAGCUAUGCUCAGGCCGUCCGGUUUUCUUGCAAUUUCUGCCCCCUGCCUGGAUGGAACACAGCUCUCCCCGCCCCACCUCCCUGCCCUGGUAUGUGGAGGGCAGACUGGAAAUGACCUGGGGCACGCUGGUCCCGCUGCAGUUUUCCUCAACACACUUGGUCUGGAGUAGCACACUGGCCAAAGAUCUGGGGUGGAAGCACCUUCGGAUGACCCUCCGAGAAAGUGGCUAGUCUGGCGCUGGGAAGUUUCUCCCCUUCUUUCCCAUAAAAUGGAAAAGAUUCGACCAGACUCAGAGUGUUCAAUGAGACAAAAAGUUAUUUCUAACUCCGCCAUUUCUUUUUAUGACUUUUGUGUGAAGUCCUUGAUUUAGCCUGUGGCCACAUGGCCCAAUGACUUCCCUAUUUGACUACAGGGCCCUAGCUACCCACUGGGCCACUUUUUUAGGGAGUUUGCUGCUGCUGUAGUUUCACUUUUACUGCGAGUCUAUUGGAAAAGAACUAUGAGGUGAAGUUGAUUUCUCCAGAAUAAUAGAGACACCUUCAGUAAAAUGGAGGGUCUCACUGGCUAUCUCUAGAACAGCCUUCGGAAUUAUUCAAGUGCCGAUAUUUUGAAGGCCCACAGACUAUUUUGAAAAAUCCAAUGAUAUCUUGACUUUCAAAAUAUCAACAGAAUAAUAAUUAUUUUACAUGUAGGUAGUAUGUCCAUAGGGUCAAAGACUUUCAGAUCUGGAUAGGAAUUUUAGAGUGUGCAAUUGAGCACAUUUCAGAGUUGAGAAAAUUCUAACCAAUGUGUCUGGGUCAAAGUGUUAGUCGCAGAGCCAGGAAAGAGGGCUAGAGGCUUCUGCCAGGAUUAUUAUAUUAUUAUUAUAACAUUAACACUGAUAAUUAUAACUUGAAUUUAUUGAGCACUUUGCCAAAUGAUGUGCUAAGCAAAUGUAUUUAUUUUCUUAUAAUCUUCAGAGUAAGUCUAUGUGCUAUAUAUUAUUAUUCCAGUUUUAUAGGCAAAGAAACUGAAGCUCGGGGACCCCCUUAGCUGGGCAAUAUGUAGCACAGACCCAAUUGGCUCCUGGAAUGGACACCAGAAACUGCACACAUUAAAAGACUUAACGUGGAACACAUACACUAAUUCCACACAUUUAAACUUAAAAGCUUAAUGCUUAAUGACAUGCUUAACGGGAUGCAAAUGAGAAUAUUUCAGUGCAAUACAAUUAGACACACAACGUGUGUUAAGGCUCUUUCGAACGGUCCCUGGCAGGAAGGGCGAGGUUUCCCCUUGUGACAGUCCAAGCCCAGGCUGUGCAGGGUCACUGACCUGCAGCCUGUUUUUCUCGCUGAGAGUAGUUCAGUGAUGGCUCCCGCAUUGGUCAGAACAGCAAGUUUGAGCUUUAUGAUUACCCUGGAAUACACCACUCUUGUUGCCCUUUCUGGCCUUUUCUCUCAGCUUUUCCUGUCACUCCUUUCCUUUGGAGGACAGCCACUCCACCUGUACCCCACACCAAAUAGCUGGCUUGGUGGUGAUAAAACUAUGAGGCAGACCUGUACAUUGUUGUUCAACCUGGAACGUUGGUUGUCCAAGUAGGGGGUGGUUGUUCAUGAACAGAAACAAUGUACACCUUUUGUUUGCUCCAUUUGUUCUGAGCUGUGAGGGGAGACGGUAGGCUGGGGCACUGAGGUGAGGGAGGAGAGGUGUGCUUUUCUCUGCACACUCCCCCGACCUGCAUAUGGUCGCCAUGCUUGCAGGCCAUGAACCUGCAGCUUCUCUGGCUCAUCAGCCAGAGACCAAGCUUUAAAGAAAUCUUAAAAAAAUCUCAAAAUUUCAUUUGGCUCUCCAUAUUCCUCCAUGUGGUUCAAUGUCAAAAUUAGGACUGGCAAUAAGAAAGAGCACUGAGUAAUGCACAUGUAGCAGAAGGGUCCUUUGCUUAAUCAGGAGGAGAAUUAAGUAUGUAGACCAGUCAUGGAUGUCUUUGAGAAAGUGGUCAAUGUUUUUUCAAGGCUGUUAUAUGACAAAAUUACACAUUCUGAAGAUCAAGCUCCAUAUAGCAAGAAGGGGGAAUUUUUAAUCGACUUCUCACCUACUGAUGCUUCUAAAACUAAGCCCAACUCCGGAGAAAUCAGCAAUAUAGUCUGCUAAAACAGAACCACUGGAAAUUACCUCCAGUCCUUGGUGGGAAUGGCUUAUUUUCAUGGCAGUUGGCAUAGUCCAGUGGGUUAUUUAUACAAGAGACACAUGAGACAGACUCAGAAUCACUGCAGAGUCUGUAAGGUAUACUCCAGAGCUGGUUUAAAGCAAGAUAAAGUGUUUGGUUAUCUUCUUGGGACCUUUUAGGAUGAGGAAACAAAAUUUGUGAUGCCAUGUCGGCUGCCUUUGUUUCUUUGUCUUUUCCAGACUGUGUAUUCCAAAGAACCUGUUCCGGAAGAGUUAACUCCCUUGGGUCUCAUUUUCCCUUUGCAGUGAUCGCUCAUUUACAAGCCGUAGAGUUGUUCAGCUGUUUGCAUGUCACAUUCCCUUUGUUUUAGGGAUUUGAAAAUCUGGGUUUUGUGGGGUGUUGUUGCAUUUUCAGAUGAUCACAGCAGUCUCUCUGGAGUCCGUGGCGUAGGUUCACUGUGUUGGAUCUUGAGCCCUUUUGUAGUAUCGAGAAGAUAGAUUCCUGCAUUUAUGUAGGAAUUUUCUGGUGUAAGGCGCUUCCUUGCACUUUGCCACAAUUCUACGGAAUGAGGGAGGACAUCAUCACCAUCACCACUGUUUACAGUGAGGAAACUUAGAAUGAGGGAAGGUGAGUGAACUUGUCUGUGGUCAUGGGACCAGUAACUGGGAGCACUCACCUAAGUCCUCUGUCUUCUGACUCUGAAUAAUACCUGUAGAAUUGUCCUCUGUGAUCAAAAGUGCUGUAAUUUGUAUUAUCUUCUGAUGGGCAAAAGUUAAAUGAGAGACUGAUUUGUGAUGUACCAUCCCAUGCAUGUCAGUGAUGGUAUUUCCAAAGCCUACAGAUAUUUGGCCUCAGAAACAAGGUCAGCCUUAGUGAUAGACAUGGUAGUAUUUGCUUGGGGUGGUAUUUCUAAACAAACUUGGUAAUCUUCCUCCCUGCAGAUCCAACGUAAGUUGGAGUCAUACUAACUACGGUAUGAUGUAAUAUUCAACUUUUAUAAGGUAUUUGGGUUUUUUGUUUGUUUUAGAUAUAAAAAACGCAGUCUGUUGUCCAGCAUGCACUCCAUUAUCCCACAAAAAUCAUUAUUGGAACAAAAUCAUGGAACAAAAGCAUUAUUAGAAGUUCUGCCUGGUUACAUUACCCUUAUUCACGUGGGAAAUAGUAUACUCUGACUACUAGCAACAGUGUCCCCUGUGACCAUUUCCCUCUGCAAAGUUAUCUGCCCACUACUGAGAGAGUCCUAGCUCUCUAGAAUAAUUGAGACUCUUCACUACUAGUCAGUUUUCUGGUAUGGUAACCCAGUUCAUUGUAUAACAGUGCUAUCUGUAUGUUGGUAAGGUCAUAAAAAUGACAGCACAAGUGCCUGAUGAUUUUAUGAUGCAGCUGCACAUUUUAAUGGCUAUGGCUUUGAGGUGGGGGUGUGGGGGGACAAGGGACAGCUCUUUGACCGUAACAGCUAUUACAGUGUUGUUGUUUCUUUAAAGUAGCUUUUUUUUUAGUAUGAAUGUGAAAGGUAGCCUUCUUUUAAUUUAAAAAAUCCUGAACAACAUUUAAUUCAUGAGUUGACACAAAGAGCAUUUUUCCUUAGCAACUACUGUAGUAAUCAGAACUUUCUGCACCUUUCAAGAAGACAAAGGGGGAAAAAAAUUAGAAAGAAAGAAAGAAAGAAAGAAAGAAAGAAAGAAAGAAAGAAAAAAUAAGAUGGUACGUUAAAGGCUUAGCUUCCUGGAUUCCAGCCUGUAGAAUAGGAAGUAGCCCCUAUUGUAAGUUGAGAGUUCAACUCAAUAUAUGAAUGAUUUGCGUGCCUGCACAUACCCUAACAUCUUGGAAGUUUCUAUGUGAUCAAACCAGUCAUUUUAUUUCUUGAAGACUCGUCUAUUCAAACUGCUGCUCUAUCUUUACUCAUAACUUUGUGCUGCUUUAGGAGGAUCUGUCCCCACCCCACAGAAUAUUCCAAGAGCCUUGCCUAGAUCAUUAUGCCAUUGAUUUGCUUUUGCAUUGUAAGUGUUGUAAGUGAAUGUGUUCCAGGUACAGUCUUUGACAGAAAACUAGUGAUGGGGAAAAUAAUGUGGAAAAAAGUUUGUCAUUAGUUCCAGAACUUCACUUUAGUCACUUUGCUGCUGCUUCAUUGUUUCAAAAAUCACAGACAAGGGGGGGUACCUGGGGAGGGGUGGGGCUCAUUUGGCUAUGCAUCCGGGGUUAAGCAUCCGGCUCUUGGUUUCAGCUCAGGUCAUGAUCUCAUGGUUGAUUUGUGAGUUCAAGCCCCAUGUUGGGCUCUGUGCUGACAGUGUGGAGCCUGCUUGGGAUUCUCUGUCUCCCUCUCUCUCUCUGUCCUUCUCCCACACAUGCUCUCUCUCCCUCUCUCUUAAAAAUAAAUAAAUAAACAUUUUUUAAAAAGUGUCUUAAAAAAAUCACAGACAAGUAACUACAUUUGAAUGUGUUUACAUGAUUUUAAUUGCUUUUCUUUUUCCCUUCUGAAAUAUUUGUACUGUGAUUGAGACCUUAGCAACUGAUGAACUAGGAAGGCAAGGGGCUGGAGAAGAACUUAGGCAAAGAGGCCAUCAAUUUGCCAUGGAAUCAGACUCCAAAUUAAGAAAGAGAGAGAGAGAGAGAGAGAGAGAGAGAGAAUGGGGUAUAGGAGAAAGAAAGAAAGAAAGAAAGAAAGAAAGAAAGAAAGAAAGGUGAAAAAAAGUCUGUUCAGUCAUGCCUCUGUUUUGUUUUGAGAAAAUAAUUAUUUUUCAUUUCAUUUAACAAUUCAAAAUGAGCAGAAUCAAUUUUCCUUGGAGACUUUUAUAUAAGUUCACUUUAGGAAGGUACCAGCUAGAGGUUCCUAUUCAGGAACUGACACACUGGUUUGAUAGAACUCUUUGGACCCAGAAUCGAGGAGCUUGGAAAGACAAACAGCCUCAUCUAGCCACACCCUGUCAACUUGCCUAUGACUAUCAAGGAGGCAUGUUCUCAAAUAUCAAGUUAACAUAGAAUUCUGGAGCUCAAAAAGUACUCAAGAAUUUAAAACUUUUUUAAAAUGGAAGAACUGAGUAUAAUUUCUGGAAAAAUCUGGAAAAAUCAUACCCUGGUUUCAAUUUGACUGAACUUUGGAUUCUGUCUUACUUUCAGUUCUGCUUUCUAAACGUAGAAAGUAUUUCGUGUAUACAUGGAAUGCUUGCCAUUCAAAAUCAUAUGAGUUGACAGGAUGUUUUGCAGAUCACUGUUUAUGGCAAGGACGGUGCUCAACUGAAUGGUGGUGCUCUAGGUUUCUCUGUUAUCUCUUUCUCUCCCUACUCAUUCAGAUUCUAAGAUGAAUCUGUCUCUCUUUUCCUUCUGUAGUUGGCAUUUAUUUUUUUUUAAGUUUAUUUUGAGAGAGAGAGAGAGAGAGAGCGAGAAUGAGUGGGGGAGGGGCAGAGAGAGAGAGAGGGAGAGAGAGAAUCCAAAGCAAGCUCCAUACUGUCAGCAGAGCCCAACAUGGGGCUCGAACCCACAAACUGUGAGAUCAUGACCUGAGCCGAAAUCAGGAGUCGGACACUCUACUGACUGAACCACCCAGGUGCCCCUGUAGUUGGCAUUUAAACAGAAUCUGCUGCUGGGAGAGGAAAGAAACUGAUGUUUAUUUUCACAACGUCCAGAGGUAGACAUUAUCAUUGACAUUCUUACAGAAGAGAAAACUAAAUUUCAGAGAGGUUGAGUAUCUUGCACAUGGUCACAAGCCAGGGAGUAGUGAAGCCAGGGUUCUGGUCCUAGUCUGCCUGUAAACAAAGUGUGUGCCUUUUCUACUCAACCACACUUGUCUCUCACUAUGUUUAUGUUAAAAUCUGGUGCUCACUAUGGAAAGGGCAGCCAUUCUGUGGAGUCUGGAUUCUGCUGGCCUUGUCAUGUAACCAACAUUACAUCAUGCCCAAUACCUAGCCAUUUCCAUUAGAGGAGUGCCAUAGCACAAAGAGACUUCCUAGGAAUCUGUGGAUUUAUGACUGCAUCCCGCAGUCUCCUUGUAGCCUGCACCCAGAAAACACUCAUCCUGCUUGCAUUGUUGAGGUGUUCUCUCAGCUGUGGCAUUCUGCACCGUGGGCAGGGUUCUCUUGCAGAGCCUAGCCUCUGGCUACACUCAAAAAUCAUUACACGAUCUCAGAUGAUGACAAGUAUAAAGAAGAUCAUGACUGGAGGACCUGGCUGAUUAACAAGCAGUGACCGUUUGCUUUAAGUUAUAUUUGGUUUUUAUGAGAAGUGACAUAAUGUUGGCAUCAAAAGAAGCAAUCAUACUCGCUUAAUAAAUUGUUUCUUGGGGCCAUGAUUACAAAUAGAUAAAAGGGCAAGCAGACCUUGAAGCAGGACCAGUGGAACAUAUCUCAUGCUAUUUUAAUUCUCUGUGUUUUAGAAGAAAUACUUCCUUCACACUCUCUUGGAAGCUGCAGGAACUGUGGUCGACUUAAGCCAGUGAUGGUGGUUUUACUGUGUAAGAAUUGAGGUUUUAUCUUUUCAGCUAUCACGAUGACUGAGAAAUAUAUCACACAUAGAAUUCUGCAACUCUUUGGAAUUUUCUCUCACAUCAAGCUUGUGUAAGAGAGGCUAAUACGUUCAAAAAAUUGUUUUGAGUUUUAAUUCUCAGAUACGGAGAUUUUACUCAACCAAAAGUUAUUAAAACUUCAGUAAGUACAGUCUAGUUUAUGGGACUUCUUAUGUGGAAGCUGGAGUUUACAUUUAGGUAACAAAAGUUAAAGAAAAAAAAAGCCCCAAAUAUAUUUUCCUACAAUUAAUUUGGCAAGUAUUUUUAAACAUAUGCUUUCUGUUGCCUAUUGCACUAACCUGAAUAAUGGCACAAACUUUACCCUGUAGGAUAUUACCACCUAUAUUAAGCAUACCAAUAUAUUUUUUAAAAUCACAAUAAUCAUAACACACAAAUAUCUGGUCUAUAACAAAGGCUUGUGUAGAGUUUUGUGGAUGCUGGGGAAGAGAAGAUGACUAUUUGUGUGAGUUAAGGAAUGUUCCUUAGAUUUGGUGACAUUUGAACUAGGUUCAAAAGGACAAGUAGCCAUUGUUCAAGAAGAAAAAACUGUAUUUUAAAAGUCUUCUUUCCACAAAUAACAUGUAGCUUGGUAGAGCUGAAUCAGAGGGUACAUGUUGGAAGAGGAACUGGAGAAAAGGCUCAAAGAUAAGGGUAUUCUGAUGGCUGAGGUAGUGUUUGCCCUUCUGCAGCAUUUAGAUAUUUUUGAGGAUGAUUUAAAAUUUAAAAAAAUAUUUUUAUUAUAAAACAUUUCCAACAUAUACACAAGUAGACAGAGUAAUAUAAUGAACCCCCAUGUAUUCAUUACCUGACUUCAACAAUUUUUGAUGACGAAUCUUGUUUCAUUUCUAUCCCCAUGCAUGUUCUCUUGUUCCCAUAUUAGUUUUGACACAAAUCUCAAACAUUUAAUCAUUCCACUCAUAAAUAUUUUAGUAUGUAUUCAGUAUGUAUUUCUAAAAUAUAAGUUUUCUUUUGAAAAAUCCAUAAUGUAAUUAAUACAUCUAAAAUAAUUAACAAUUUGGGUGCCUGGGUAGCUCAGUUGGUUAAACUUCCAACUCUUGAUUAUGGCUCAGGUCAUGAUCUCACAGUUCAUGAUAUUAAGCCCUGCAUCUGGCUCUGCACUGACAGUGUGGAGCCUGCUGGGGAUUCUCUCUCUCCCUCUCUCUCUGCUCUUCCUAUGCUUUUGCCCUGUCUCAAAACAAACAGACAAACUUAAAAAAUAAUAAUUCAUAACUAUUAUUUUGGCUUGUCAAGUAAGGAAGUGAUAGGAAUAUAUUUGUAAUCUAGAAAGAAAACUCUAGAGGCAAUGAGGGGAAUAGGUUGAAUAGAAAAAAGACCAAACCAAUAGAAGACUCCAGAGAUGGAUUUGAACCAAGCCAAUAGUGAUGGAGAAGGUGGAAGAAUUUUCAGAAUACUUAAAAAGUAAAUUGAUAGUUUGUGAGAUCAAUUAGAUACAGGGGUGAAGGUGAGAAUGGAGUUAAGGAAAAUUUGGACAUUUUAACUUGCAUAACCAGCAUAUGAAUAUGCCAAUAACUGAUACAGUGUAGGGAUUCCUUGAAAAGCAAUUUAGCCUGGUUUUUCAUUAGCCAGAGAUGUUUGGAAACAAAUCCAAAAAUAUCUUCCUAUUACCCUCAAACAAAGCUUUCAGACCUGGAACAUUUGGAGUAAUUUUGAUUGUUCCAACUUAAAAAGUCAUUAACAAAAAUUAAAACAUCCAGAGUAGCAUCUAAAAUGCUCAAGGGUCUACAGGAGCCCCUUGGACAGCCUGAUGACUGAGACCUCUUUAGUUAGCACACAAUAAUAGUUGUAAAAUCACAAAGGCUAAUAAACAUGAUUUAUUCAUCAAAUCCCCGAACACUAAAGGUUUGAAAGAUGUAAAUUUAAAAUAAUUGAAAGAAGUUUUUCAUACUGUAUGAUGAAAAUGUUCAAACAAACAAAAAAUCUUGGAAGAAUUGUACAGUGUAUGUCCAUAUACCACCAAUUCAAUUUUAACAUUAACAAUUUAUCAUGUUUUCUUUUUCACAUCUAUUCAUUUAUCUUCUAUCCAUCCGUUGUUUCAUCUUUUUUUUUUUCCAUAAUAAGUUGCAGACAGCAGUGCACUUCAUUUAUAAGUACUUCAUCAUACAUAUUAUUAACUGGAGUUCAAUAUUUGUUUAUUGAAAAUUCAUAUUUUAUACAAGAGUGAUUGAUCUUAUACAUUUAUUUUGCCAAAAGGCUGGGACUCAAGAAGGAUUAACACAAUUCAUGGCCGACUCUUACUGGGUUAUUGAUGAAAACAAGGAGCUGUUUGAGAACUUCUUGAUCCUCAAAAGUUGUGGCCAUAUGGAGCAGCCAUACUCGACCACCAAACGGUCUUUGAGGCAAUGGCAAGAAUUGACUUGGCAAAACUACAUGCUUCCCAGUAAAUGUUAACUGAAUUUGAAUGUGAAGAAACUGACCCCUAGAAGCAUACACACUCUGCCAGUAAAUGAUUGGGCAGGUAUGAGAACAGAUCACCUCCAACAGUUUCACACUGAGCAUCCCUGCCUGCCUGUAACAACUCUGCAGAACAGUGUGACAGAGUAGAUGGUUUAUUAGUCAAAACUGUAGUACAGGCGAUGCAUUCUAUCUAGACCCAUCCUGAGAUUACUCAAGAGGAGCCAGUUCUUGGGCAAUAGGAAAGAAGGUAACCUAUUCUCUCAAAAGAGAACUCUUGAUUCACAUAUUGAGAAAAAAAAAAAGUACUUGUGUUCAUAAGUCCUCUGACAUUCUCCAGAAAGACUUCAUGUGGCUUAUGGUAAACAGCAAAAAUAAAAUGAAGCUGAAAAUGAUUAACAUAAGAAUAAAACAAGGGCCAAAAUAUGUCAGUUAGUAGAAUGAUGGACAAACUUAGACUUAGAAAGCUUUGAAAUGUUCUAAAUUAAGUCAAGUUCUGACAUUUUAAAACCUUCCAAUUGGCUCCAGAAUUAAAAAUCAAGUGGAGAUGAUGUCUAGAAGAUGCAUUUGUUCAAAUGCUUAUUGUUGAUGAAGAUGUCUAGGAUUCAUUUGAAGACCGAAAAAUUCAGUUACAUAACCAGGCAUUUGCUUACACAAAAGGCAGACAUUCUGAUACUAGGAAGAAAUUUAGAUGUUUGAUUAACUUUUUCAGUUUCCAGUUUGAUGUUCAGACAACAGCCUGUUUCAGUGGUUUUCAACUGGGGACAAUUUUGCCCUCUGGGGACAUUUGGCAAUGUCUGGAGACAUUUUGGGCUGUCCCUACUGGGGAUGGGGGUGGGGUACUACUGGCACCUAGUGAAUAGAGGCCAAGGAUGCUGCUAACCAGCCUGCAGUGCAUGGGAUGGACCCUACAACAAAGAAUUAUCCAGCUGAAGUAUCUGUAGUAUUGAGGUUGAAACACCCCGAUCCAUAUAUGUCAGUUAUAGAUCUAACUCUAGUAUGCCUUGAAAACACUGUAGAUGAUUUACAUGUGCCAUUUCAUCUUGUGACUUGUUGAAGAGUAUGUGGUGGUGACCUAUAUCCUUAAGAAAUGCUACUGCAUUGGCACCAUGGCAAAAACGGGGAUGUAAAAUGAACAGUCCUUCAGAAUAAGAUCCACAGAAAGCUGAAUUGAGUGGUUGACCAUACAAGUCAAAAGCACUCUUUGGUAUCUAAGAGCAUCAAACGUUGGCAGGCAAGAAUGUAGAUAUUUAAUUACUAAAAAAAUAUUCAAAGGAAUUGGGGCCCUGCUGUUUAAGAGAGCGGGGGAAGGGAUCAUUAGAUCCUAAGUCAUAGGACAGUUCAUCCUGGGACUUCUCCCUCUGGGACUUGGAGAGCUCAUUUCUCUGCUUCCUUCUUUCCUCUUCAAAAUCUCAAGAAGGAGAACUGACUGUGUCAGAAGCAGGUGGAUUAGAUAAACUCCUGUUGGCAACCUGAUGAUUAUGUCUCUGAUUUAUGUUCUUCUUCAUCUUGCCCUUGGUAAUUAUAUACUCUAUGUUUACAACCACGUUCUCUUCCUUUCUUCAUUCAUGUUCCAACAGGUGCUCAGACCCUUGGUUAGUCCUUCCUCCUCCUGAUUCCUUAACGUCUUCUUCUCUACAAGAUCAUCCCCAUCAGGAUACAGGUUCUGCAAAGUACUUAUUAUUCAAGUUGGAUAAACCAGUUCUGCAGACUGCAUCCCCAGUGCAUUUUCCAAGAAUGACAACUGCCCUUAACAUUCUUGCAGACCUGGAUACCUAUCUGUGUGAAACCAGUAGAGUCUUGGAGUAUAACUAAGGACAGACACCAGUACUAGCACAAACGUUACCAAGUUGCAUGAUUAUGGAGAUGGUCUACCUAUUGCUGAAAAUGUAUCUAGUUUUUUGACAACGGCUUAAUAACCAUGGGGUCAAGUGGACUUGGAAAAGCAGCAACACUAGAUGAACUGCUGAGCACUUGCAUUGAGAUGUUUGAUGACAAUGGAGAGCUGAACAAUAGUUAUUUGCCAAGAAUAGUUCUACUGAUGCACCGAUGGUAUUUAUCUUCCACUGAAUUGGCAGAAAAACUUCUCUGCAUGUAUCGAGAUGCCAGUGGAGAAAACUGUGAUGAAUUUCGGUUAAAGAUCUGCUACUUCAUGAGGUACUGGAUUCUCAAGUUUCCUGCAGAGUUUAAUUUGGACCUUGGUUUGAUCCGUAUGACUGAAGAGUUCCGAGAAGUAGCUAGCCAACUAGGGUAUGAAAAACACAUCAGCCUCAUCGACAUAUCCAGCAUUCCUUCCUAUGACUGGAUGAGAAGAGUCACACAGAGGAAAAAAGUAUCCAAGAAGGGAAAAGCCUGUCUGCUGUUUGACCAUCUGGAGCCCAUUGAAUUGGCUGAGCACCUCACUUUUCUGGAGCAUAAAUCUUUUAGAAGGAUCUCAUUCACUGAUUACCAAAGCUAUGUCAUCCAUGGCUGCCUGGAGAAUAACCCAACCUUGGAGAGAUCUAUUGCUUUAUUUAAUGGAAUCUCUAAGUGGGUCCAGUUGAUGGUUCUUAGCAAACCAACCCCCCAGCAAAGGGCAGAAGUCAUUACAAAGUUUAUCAAUGUCGCCAAGAAGCUCCUUCAGCUCAAAAAUUUUAACACUCUGAUGGCAGUGGUGGGAGGCCUUAGUCAUAGUUCUAUCUCACGCCUCAAGGAGACCCAUUCUCAUCUUUCUUCAGAAGUUACGAAGAACUGGAACGAAAUGACAGAGCUGGUCUCCUCCAACGGCAAUUACUGCAAUUACCGCAAGGCCUUUGCCGACUGCGAGGGCUUCAAGAUUCCCAUCCUUGGCGUCCACUUGAAAGACUUGAUAGCAGUCCAUGUCAUUUUCCCAGACUGGAUGGAGGACAACAAAGUUAACAUUGUAAAAAUGCACCAGCUCUCCGUUACCCUCAGCGAACUGGUGUCUCUGCAGAAUGCCUCCCACCACUUAGAACCCAACAUGGAUUUGAUCAACCUGCUCACGCUCUCUCUGGACCUCUAUCACACAGAAGAUGAUAUUUACAAAUUGUCACUGGUGCUGGAGCCUAGAAAUUCUAAAUCGCAGCCUACCUCCCCGACAACACCCACCAAGCCUGUGGUGCCCCUGGAGUGGGCAUCAGGAGUGAUGCCAAAGCCAGACCCCACAGUCAUCAACAAGCACAUAAGGAAAUUAGUUGAGUCUGUGUUUAGAAACUAUGACCAUGACCAUGAUGGGUACAUCUCCCAAGAGGACUUUGAAAGUAUAGCUGCCAAUUUUCCCUUUUUGGAUUCCUUCUGUGUCCUGGACAAAGAUCAGGAUGGCCUAAUUAGUAAAGAUGAAAUGAUGGCUUACUUCCUGCGAGCUAAGUCCCAAUUACACUGUAAAAUGGGACCAGGAUUUGUCCAUAAUUUUCAGGAGAUGACCUAUCUCAAGCCAACCUUCUGUGAACACUGUGCAGGAUUUCUCUGGGGCAUAAUCAAGCAAGGAUACAAAUGCAAAGACUGUGGAGCCAAUUGUCACAAACAGUGCAAAGACCUCCUGGUUCUGGCCUGCAGGAGAUUUGCCCGGGCACCCUCCUUGGGCAGCAGUCAUGGGUCGCUGCCUGGAAGUCCCUCAUUGCCCCCAGUGCAGGAUGAAGUGUUCGAGUUCCCUGGUGUCACUGCAGGACACCGAGACCUGGACAGCAGAGCCAUCACAUUGGUCACAGGCUCUUCUCGCAAGAUCUCUGUGAGGCUGCAGCGUGCCACCACCAGCCAGGCCACCCAGACCGAACCCGUAUGGUCAGAAGCUGGCUGGGGGGACUCGGGGUCCCACACCUUCCCCAAAAUGAAAUCCAAGUUCCAUGACAAAGCAGCAAAGGACAAAGGUUUUGCCAAGUGGGAAAAUGAGAAGCCCAGGGUGCAGGCGGGUGUUGAUGUUGUUGAUCGGGCCACUGAGUUUGAGCCUGACCAGGAUGAAGCAGAUGCUGGUGAGACCAGACAGGAUGGUGAGGUCAGUGCUGGGUCAAACCACAAAUGAAAUCACUAGAGGGAGGCUGAAAGGGGCCGACAUGAGCAUCAUAGCGAGCCUGGGAGGCAGCCUAUAGUUUUGGGGGCUGAAUGGUUGGGCAUUAACACAUAUCACUUUUUGUCUUGCUGUUGGCUAGGUACAUGAUCAUGGGCAUAUUAUUUCUUCUCUUUGCAUCUGUUUCAUCAUGUAUAAAAUUAAACCAGAUGGGGAGCACCUGGGUGGUGCAGUUGGUUAAGCAUUUGACUCUUGAUCUCGGUUCAGGUUAUGAUCUCAUGGUUUGUGGGUUUGAGCCCCACAUCGGACUCUGUGUUGAUGGUGCAGGGCCUGCUUGGGAUUCUGUCCCUCCUCCUCUCUUUCCCUCACGCACUUGUGCUCUCUCUGUCUCUCUCUCCAGAUAAAUAAAUAAACUUAAAACAAAAUGGAACCAGAUGGGUUCUAAAGCUAAGUGAAGUCUGCCAUUUCUGUGUCCUAAAAUGAUGUCCUAGGGACCCAUAACUUACUGUGUGUAUCCAAUAGACCAGUACUCUUUACCAAUCAGCUUAGUUUUCCAAGCUAGAAUCAGGGCCCAAACUUGGGGGAGGGGGACAGUGGAAACAAAAAACCUGCAGAAAGAGAAGAAGAGUUGGAAACUCUUGCCCUCACACACACACACACACACACACACACACACACACAAAGCAUUUGACAGCACUAUGGAGAAGGGGGUGGUGAGAAUCAGAGACAUGGCAGACUCAAGGUUCUAUAAGCCAGGCUCUGGCUCCAUGCAGAAAUUAUACUCACAUCAUCCGAAGCAGAUUGGGAAGCAUAUGGAAUUUGUUAGAAUAAGCUGAAAAUAUAAAUUGAUUCAAGAUAGACUUAGAUAAAUUUAUUAGUCAACAGUCUAUAGAGUAUUCAGAAAAAAGAUUUGGGGAAAUUGGUGUCAUAUUCUUAACCUUUCAAGCUGUGCCAUGGAGGGCAGCCAUUGCGUCUCUACGGAAUCAUUCUCAUAAACAGAAUUAUUGGGUUAGGCAGAGAUCCUAUUGGAUCGAGCCAGUGUUCUUUAUUCUUAUGGGUGGUCCUCUACAUUCCACUCUUUAGGAGACCUAAACACACUGUCUCCAUAGUUCCCCCUGAUGAGAAAAUCUCCAGUGACCUUUAACCAAAAUUCCUCUAGUUCCUUCCUCAUUGAAGACAAUUAAUAAGGAGGCCACAUAUUAUUUUCAGUCUUAUGCAGUUUCUUGUAAUUCCUGCUGAGCCAUUUCUUUUCCUUUCUUUAGAACACCAACUUUUAAAAACAGCUGUGUUGAGACCUAAUUUAUGUACUAUAAAACAUACUCAUUUGAAGUGUAUAAUUCAGUGGUUUUUAGUAGUCACAGAGAUGCACAACCAUCACUGCAGUCUAAUUACAGAACAUUUAUGUCAUUCCCAAGUGUAUCCAUUAGCAGUCACUGCUCGUCUCCCCUAUCUCAUUCUGGCCCUAGGCAACCAACUAAUUUACUUUCUGUCUCAAUAGGUUUGCAAUACCAACUGUAUUUUUAACAUUUCUUCAUUGAUCAUCUUGGCAAAUCUUUCAGUCCUAUCCUUCCAUUUCUUCAACUGGCCUAGCAUAGUUCAAGGUGGGAAUAUAAAGGUGAAUAAGAAAAAAUUCCUGAUACCAGGACAGAGGAAGAUAUCCUGGGGGAAGGGUCUUCACUUGGGGUCUAAAGAAGGGCCUCAAGGAGUUUACAAAAAUGUAUUACAUUUUAUGUGAAAUUAUAUAUGGACAUAUGCUCAUUUCUGGGGAAAGGUCCACAGCAUUGAGCAGAUUCUCAAGGGGAUCUAAAAAAAAGCCAGAAAUCGUUAUGCAAGAUUUUUUGGAUGAAGCCUGAAAAUUGUGCUAGUCACCCCAUUACCACCCCAGCCUGUGGAGGCUACUUCCAUGAGUGCUGUGGCUAUGAUUGAAAUCUCAGGAAAAACAAGAGCUUCAAUGGGUAGGGUCAUGGGAUGCCUACCUAGAACUUUCUAGAUGGUGCUCACCUCAUGGACCAUCUCUGAAUUCAGAGGAGUACCUGCUUUUGCUUAAUAAUGGUGAAAGUAGCCAUGAGCUCACUUCUGUUCACCUAGCACUGUUCAAGUUACCUCAACCUUGCUCCUGGCUUACGAGAAAUUCACAACCUGUUAGAUGUAGGACAAUUACUUACAUGAGUAAGAGUUCUGGAUCUUCAGCCUCUAUAAGCAAAUAGAGACAAAGAUCUGCAUUUUUUUUAAUUUAAUUUUAUUCUUUGAAAAUUGAACGUUUACAUUCAGGGUUUGUCUUACCCCUUCAAUUUUCUCAUGUAUAAGUCAUAGAGACAGGUCACUGACUACUAGUAUUGAAUUUCAUGUGUGCUAGUUGAAGAAGACAGUACGUUCAUAUAUAAAUAAAAUGCAUAUGGCAUACAGGCUCCUUCUCAUCCAAAUCAGUAACUAAUGAAGACAUUUACCCUUGUUUAGGGAAAAAAGGAAAAAGGAAAAAAAAAGGUGACAAAAUUACACCACAGUUGAGUAUGUAGACAAAGGCGUUUCAUACUUAGGAUUUUUUUCUGCCCGGCAAGGUAAUGAAUGGGAUUCAGAGAAAUGAUCUACACACUUAUUAUUUAGAAUCAGAUGAUGUUUAUGAGCCCCAAGAGUAAAAAGGCCCACUGACAGAAAAGACAGUUGUGUUUGUGAUGUGCAUAUUUCCUUUGGCUGAGUUGCAGGAUUCACCCUCAUUUUAAAAUACAAGGGUGUGAAUAUUUUUUUGUGACCAUGGAUAUCAUUUCACCAAUGAUCAUUGAGCCCCUGGAUCGCAGGGACAAGAUGGCAGAUCAUAAUUAUUCUCUUGGCAGUAAGAACAUGUAUAUUUUCUUUGUAAUGCUUCUUUGUUUUCCAUUAUCUUCUGCUAGAUUAGAUCUAAUCAACAAAUUUAUAAGGGCUAGGGAUUGCUGGACUAAACAAAGUUUAAUAUGUUUAUAUCUUUUGCCUCUCUCUCUCUAUCUCUCUGUAUAUAUACUUAUAUAGAUAUAUAUCUUUUUCCCUUACAAGUGUUCUCAGUGCCCUUAUGCAUAUUUACAUUGUGGAUUUCUAAGAGGGAAGCCUCGAGAAGAAGCAUUUAACAGACCAGUGUUUUGUGGAGCACCCUUUAGGGAACAUUAACAUAAGCAUCCUUGUUGGACUCUGUAAGAUUUAAGAUUUCAUGUGCUAUGGGACUAUAUGACCUUUUAAUUCCCUCUAAAUCUUGAGAGUCAAAGUACUGAUCAUCUGAGAUGUUCCCUCAAAUGUAACUGAUAAACUGCUUUCUAGGAAUAUUCUUAUUUUGUUAAAUGCAACCCAGACAUACAACAGGUUCUGAUUUGUA